AUGUCAUUUGCUCGCUCAUACGCACCCGAAUGGCUCAUCGAGAUCUACGCGCGAGCCUCUCGCAACAAGUCUACCUUUUUCCUGGGUGUCUUAUCCGGUCUCACACUCUCGCUAGCCUCGCUCUCUACAGCUCUCAUAGCUUCGCAGCUGCGGGAUGCACGGAGGAGGGAAAUCCAAAGGAGGUUGAGACUUGCUGCUGCGAGGAGGGAGAGGGGUGCAAACGUCGGUCAAAGGUCGAAGAGACGGGGGAGAAGGAGAAGAUCGGCAAGUGGCCUAGGACCUGAUGAGUGGGAGCAGGAAGAUAGUGGCAGCUCUGGCUAUAGCAACGAGAGCAGCAAUGAAGGCGACGACAGCGAAGAGGAUGACAGUCGUGACAGCUGGGUGGACAUUGAGGUGAAGAGUGGACACGUGGUCAGAGGGGUGGAAGGUCUGAUAGGUGAGCUCAUGCCCCUCGAUAUCUCCUGGAAGCGGCUUGAAGAAAGGAGGUGUGCAUACAAUCAUCGUUGUCUUACUCACGCUGGCUAUUCAACCCCGACAGGAAACACGCCCUUGAUGCGCAUCAAUUCUCUUUCCGAACUGACGGGCUGCGAGAUCUUGGGCAAGGCCGAAUUUCUGAACCCUGGCGGCUCGCCCAAGGAUCGGGUAGCGCUUCAAAUUCUUCAAGAUGCCGAGGCGGCCAGGCUAUUGCAUCCACACACGGGCAGCUGCAUUUUUGAAGGGACAGUAGGCUCGACAGGAAUUUCGCUGGCCACUUUGGCAAAGGCCAAGGGGUACGAAUGUAGCAUUGUCAUGCCUGACGACGUCGCCAGCGAAAAGAGACAGCUUUUGAAGUGCUUGGGAGCUGAAGUUACGUUGGUCAGACCUAGAGGCAUUGCGGAUCCUAAGCACUUUGUCAACGAGGCUAGGAAGCUGGCCAAGGCAUUUGGCACGACGAGCAUCAAGGGCGAUGCUGCGGAAUAUCGGUCGAGCCGCGAAGAACAAGAUCUGGUUGUAUCUUCGAAAGCCAAAGGCGGUGCAUCUGAAGACCCGGACGCCUUGGAAGAACGACCGAGGGGUUUCUUCGCAGAUCAGGUUAGUGGCUUCUGCAAGGAUGGUGCACCGGACAGUCGCACCGUGCUCUCUCCGCGCUGUGGACACGAAGCAAUCUCAGGUCGAGUAUUCGAUGCCAAGCUCAUCUCGAUGUGAUCUUUUCGCUUCCAUGCAGUUUGAGUCGGAAUCCAACUAUCGCGCGCACUACCGCGGGACUGGACCAGAAAUUUGGAGGCAGACCGGCGGCUUCGUGUCUGCUUUCGUCUGCGGAGCAGGGACUGGCGUGAGCUCUUCACGCGAGACCCUUGAGAAGUGCAACAUCCCGACGCUGACCCUCCAUCUCUCGGCUUUCCCAUUCACAGGGAACGCUGUCGGGUGUGUCGACGUACCUGAAGCGGCGCGACGCCAAGGUCCGAACAGUGCUAGCCGACCCUCAAGGCUCUUCACUCUUCAACAGAGUCAAGUAUGGCGUUCUCUAUAGUUCGACGGAAGCUGAAGGGACCAGACGACGUCACCAAGUGGAUACAGUAGUAGAAGGCAUCGGUCUGAAUCGACUGACUCGCAAUUUCUCGCACGGCCUGAACGACGAUGCUGUAGAUGAUGCCGAAAGGGUAAACGACCAGGAAGCUGUGAAGAUGAGCCGAUUUAUCGCUAGGCACGAUGGCUUGUUCCUCGGCAGUUCGAGUGCAGUCAAUCUUGUCGCUGCGGUCAGGACGGCAGUCAAGCUCAAACAGCAGACGAAGCACCAGCAAGAUCACUCCUCUUCGUCUUUCAGCGCAAGGCUUGCAUUCGCCUUUCCAAUGCUAGGCAGUGGAAGUACGACCUCGCAGAGCCCAGGAGCAUCUCACACGUAUCAGGGCAGCUCACAGUCGUACGAAUACAACUCCAGCAUCUACGCCCCCGAAGAGGGAGAAGGACGAAGAGCUGGACUUGCGCAAAAUGCCCCAGUGGUGGUCACCAUCCUGUGCGAUAGCGGAUCCAGGCAUCUAAGUCGCUUUUGGAACGACGAAGCCCUCCGAGAACUGGGACUGGAUCCGGAGGAUGAGGACAUUGCAGAGAUGCUUCAAACGGGCACCACGUCACCCCUUUGA